AUGACGUCUUUCAUACAUUGCAUGAUAUGCUUUGCAUUUCCUGCUCCAGAUUUAAAGUUCUUUUUGUCUGGUUGUGGUCAUGUUGCUUGCUUCAGAUGUGUCCAGAAAGGUUCCAUGACGAUCAAGUGCAAAGUAUGCCUGAAGGACAAUCCUCAAAUACUGGAGAUAAACAGAAAUCUUAAACCGCAGUUGCUGGAAUUGUUUACCUCCUUUACGGAUGGAUUUUCAAGAGUUGUACGCGACAUUGGACAUAUUUCUGAUUUUCAAAAUGGUCACAGACAACGUUUGAUGAGACAUUUCCACAUCAAGAGCCGCAAUUUCGAAAAGUUACAAACGUUUUGUCAGGAGGAAAUCAAAAAGAAGAACCAAUAUAAACAAGAGUUGCACCGCUUGAGAGUUGAAUAUAAAAGAAAAUGUGACGAAACUGCUGAACUCAGAGCAAAAAUUACAAAAUUGAAGAACUGCACAUUGGAUCUUAACGACAUGACACACGAUCCGUUCCGCACUCCUGUGUCGACAAAAGCGUCAGAUCAACGCAGUUUCAUGACCUCCACUCCAUUCAAAUACCCUCGAAAAUAUGCUGCAGAUAUUACUGAAUCCACUAUGUCUGCUACACGUCCGACGGACACCACUGUUUCCUUUACUGCGUUAGGAGAACCAACUGUGUCUAUAGAUCCAGGCGAAGAGGUUUGGGAUCAUUUAAUGGAUGCUGUGUCCUUGUAUUCCUAUCAUAGAGACGAUCCAUCCUCAGGCAUCGUUACGUGUCUUAACAGCAAGAAUCCUUUUGUAUCUGGCACACCCGCAGAGAGAAAAGAAUCAGACGUGCAAAUUCCCGUGAAGGCACCUGUCACAAAAAAGACUCGGCUAGACAUGAUGUCAAAGACACAACCACUACCACUGAAAUCUUUGAAUUAG